AUGGCGAAUACUCAGUCGCCGACUGGGAUUGCAGGGAAAAGAUGCGCGCACUGUAACACGCACACGACGCCUUUAUGGCGUAACGGUCCGGACGGACCGAAGACGUUGUGCAACGCGUGCGGCGUCAGAGACAAUCGAAGACAAAACAAGACGAGAAACGUUCAGCAAAAACCUCGCGUGAAGAAGGAGCCGAGGCCAGAAAAGGCUGAAAAAGAAAUCAAGAAGAAAGGCGAUGGCAAUCGACCGAAGAGAGGAAGUGCUGAUUAUAAAGACGGGAUAGAAAAUGACACGAACACUACGCCGACGAAGGGGAAUAAGAAGAAGGUUUCUCAACGCGAGUUGAACGCGCGCAUCCAAGGCUUUAAUAAAGAUCCGUUUGCGAAAACUGAGAAUAUUCACGUGCCACAGUUUGGUAAAGCGGAAACUGCGCAGUAUUACGCGAGUAUGAACGAUGGGAAAGCGUACAAGCCGCCGCAGGGGUAUCACAAGUCGGAUGGCGGAGUCGUCGCGGCGAGGUUUGGUCCGAACACCGCGGCGGCGACGUACGAGUGCGACGACCAAGAUUUGCAAUGGCUCGAAUCCCAAAGAGACGCGUUUGUUGCGGAAAACAUGAAAGAAAAGAAGAAAACGAAUACUGCGAUGAUGAAAAAGAAAGACCAGAAAAAGCAAGGAGAAGCAGAAGGAGGUAAACAAGCGGAGAUGAAAGGUAAAGACGGUGUGACGCAAGAACACGUGGAGAAACUUUUCGACGUCUUUGAAGAAGCGUCCUGGUGCGCGUCGAGUAUGGUGUCGUCGAACUCCGCGUGUGAUAUCGUCUUGGGUAGAUGUUAUUCGCCGUCGACGGAGGAAGAUGCGCUGCACUGGACGUCAGACCAACCGAUGCACGAAGCGUUUUUGGUUUCGCCGCCGCACUACAAACGCAACGAUAAGAGACAUAGUCUGCCGAAUAAGUACGAUACUUGGGGUGUGAUUAUGAAUGGCGGUGAAAAUUCCAACGACGCGACGUACGAUUGCGUGACUCUCCCUCAAACUCCGAGUACAAACGACGUCACUGCCGGCGACGGAGGUCUCAUCGGGAAGAAAAUGAAAACUGCAACAACAACAACAACACAUGCGAAAUCGAAAUUGAACAAAAGUGUGAUUAAUUCUGGUUCUGAAAAUUCCUCCGAGUGCUCCGAUGAUGAGCACUUGGCGAGACUGGAAAAGUUGUCGGAUAUAAACGAUUCUGACGUGGAAAACGUGUCGGGAAACGGGUCCAGCAAUGAUCUCGUCGUCAAAAGAGUUACAAGAAGUUUAAACAAUACGAAUAGUAAAUCUUUGACGAAAGUCCAUUUGGAAGGGCGAGCUGCUUCGGCGAAGCAGUCCGCCGCUGCGCUGAAGUUGCGCAAGGCGCGUCGCGCCGCCGAAUGGGUUCCCUCGACUGUGGAUGUCGGGGCGGGUGAGCUGAAAACGCCAAUCCAACAAAAGACCAAGAAAAACAACACCAACAACAAUUCAACGAAAUAUAAGAAUAAUAUCACAAACAGCGACAAGAAGAUCAACACAAACUCGAACGCAUUCGAUGCAUUCGGUGGUGGUGGUGGUGGUGGCAGUCUCAAAUUUGGAUUAACGAAACGCGUGACGCGCGGUUCGAAAUCUUCCUUGUCCUCCCUCGCGGAGACCGAGGAAGUUUUCGAUCGCGCGUUGCUCGAGAAGAAGAUGAACUUGACCGUGAAAGUAUCCCAAAAAAAUACGAGUGCGAAAGCAUUUUUUUCUCCAGGCGCUUCUAUUCGUCCGAAGCCGUUCGUUAUGAAGCAUGAUGCUAGUAUGGAUAAAGCUUUCGCAGAGCUGCGAAAAAGGUAUCCGCACGCGCCGUCUUGCGAAGUCGUUUUGACUGUUCAUCACUACUGGUAUCAGAAGAGGAUGGUUCAUAACAACGGUCGUCCAUUGCUCUCGCGAUUUUACUGGACGCCUUCAAAAGAACUUCGUGAACGUCCAGAGCUCGCCACUGAAGCUGAGCGCGAUCGCUACCUGUUUUGCUUUGAUGCCGCGGCGGUGAAACGCCAAAAGGCUGAAAAAGAAGAGCGAAAAAAUGCUCUGAUGAACAGUGGCGGUGCGCUUGCGCAGAAAAGACGACGACGACGAGCGUGCUUCAAUCCGGCAGCAUCCAAGAGACGACGCAAAGCGCAGGCGGAGAUGGAUUUCGCCACGACGCAACCUUUAACGAUUUGCUUCGAGCCGUUGGAGGACGUCUUGGAGUACGGUUUGGAGUACGUGGAAGCGGACGACGAACGCUACGUCGAACUCAUGGCGCUCGCUGAAAGAAGUGGAACUCCAAAGUUCAACGCUAAUAAGCGCGCGUCGCGAAGUGCGGCGGCAAGAGCGAAUAACGAAGACAGUGAGAAGAACACAAUCGUAGGAUCCUUGAUGAAGAAGAUGUUUGGUUGGCGAGGCUCAACCGAAUCGGAUUCGUUACAUCGUCCGGAAACUCCAAAGAAACGUCGCACGCCGAGAGGUGGAAGCGCGCGCGCGUGA